UAAACAGAAUACUGUGUAAAUGUCGACGUUCAUUGCAUUUAUUUAUUUUUAUCCCCGAGAGAGUGAAACCAAGUAAACAUAAAUCAGUUAUAGAAGGUGUCAACUGUCCGGAGAAUCAAUUGUUUAUUCAUUUGACAAGAGAAAUGAUCUCCCGGACCCCCUAGCCCCCUCUCGUAUCGACUUUUCUUCCAAAUAAUGUGAUAAUCCCCGCCAAAAUGUUCAGCCUGAGGGGUAGAACCCUGCUGACACUCCUCUUGAUGACCAUCCUAACACUCCUCGCCCUCAUCUACCACAUGCUGUCCACCUCUCCCCCGAUUUCCUCCACGACCCACCCGAACCUCCACAACAGAUAUCCAGAAUUUGCCUCCUUGACAAACGUCCCCAUCCACCAAAAAUCUCACGACUCCUACAUGUCCCUGGGCUCCCAUCAGUCCUCGUCCUCUUUCAAGGGUCACAAGAUUGUUCACUUAGACCUCAAAGGAGCUCCCCCAGUCCUCAAUUAUUACCGGCGUCUUCUCAAACUCUUCAAGACUCUAGGAGCCACGGGAAUCCUCCUCGAGUAUGAGGACAUGUUCCCGUACAGUGAUUCCCUCCAGAAUGUAUCGGCGACAAACGCCUAUAGUCCCCAAGACAUCACGAAGAUCCAGGAGAUAGCUUUUGAAUACAAUCUCAUGGUGAUACCCUUGAUCCAAACAUUCGGUCAUCUUGAAUUUCUCCUGAAACUUGACAGCCACAAGGACCUCCGAGAGGUACCUCGUUAUCCACAAGUUAUCUGUCCCACGAAUCCCCAGACACUUCCCCUCCUCUAUCAGAUGAUCGACCAGAUAAUCCAUCAUCAUCCGAACCUGAAGUACCUGCACAUCGGCGCCGACGAGGUGUAUCACAUCGGCGAAUGUUCUCGAUGCUUCGAGGAACUCUCGAAACGCCAGUGGACAAAGCGACAGCUCUUCCUGUCUCACAUUAAGAAGAUCGUUGAGUACAUCAAGGGAUCCUAUCCUCGGAUCAAAGUACUCAUGUGGGACGAUGAGUUUCGGGGAAUUAGUCCCAGUGAGAUAAUGGAGACGGGGCUACAUAAAAUGGUGGAACCCGUUGUAUGGAAGUACACGAGGAAUCCGGCUGCUGCACUCAAUCAGGUGUGGGAGGGCUACAGCGAGAUUUGGAAAAACGUUUGGGUGGCAACUGCCUUCAAGGGAGCCACCGAACCUGAUAGAUACUGGACAGACAUAAGCCAUCAUCUGGAGAACCACCAACGAUGGUUGGAGAUAAUAGAUCACUACUCUGAUCGUAUUACCUUCAAGGGUGUCAUACUCACUGGUUGGCAAAGAUACGAUCACUUCAGCAUUCUCUGUGAACUGUUAGCGAGUGCCCUGCCAUCGUUAGCGGUCAAUCUCGCUGUCCUCCAGGCGAAAAAUGCAAACGAAUUCUUCGGGGAGAUACCCAGAAACGUCGCCCAGGCCCUCCAGUGCGAGGGAACAGUCUCCUUGACGAUUCCUGAACCCAAUUAUGGUUGGACAAAGUGCAGAUUUCCCGGUGUCGAGGUUUACUCUGUUAUCCUGAGACUCUUUGGACUUCAUCAGGACAUUCAGAGAAUGGAAGAGGAGAAUACCUUCAAGGGCUGGCUUAAAGAGUACAACAUCAAACAUGUCUUCUCCAAUCCUAGUUACGUUGAGCAGGCGGUGGUGGAAUUGGACAGGUUCAAGAUGGAACUUGUUUACAUUGAAAAGGAGAUGAAAAGUGCAAUGGAGGGGAUCUACGAUGAACACACUUUUAACGAGUGGAUUGAGACCUUUGUGGUACCCUUGAAUGACAAGGUUACCAGACUGUGGGAAGCUAAGGAGAAGAUCUUGGAGAAGGCGAGCUGGCCCAGGAGACCUUUGAAAUCGGAACUGUAGAUUGUAGAAGUGAGAGAAUUAAGGGACUAUUUCCGACAACUUCUCAUCUUUUGAGUUUUUUAUACAAAUUUUGACAAAGUUCUGGCAAGCGGUUGAGCGGUAAAUUUGCGUGAAAAAAUUUACCGGCUCCAAGUUUGAUUAUUAUUGAAUAGCUCACGAAGUUUCAUUAUCGUGGAAGAACUUUGAAGAAGAAAAUUUACCAGAAAGAAAACUUUCUCAGUAAAUUUUUGUCAAAAGUUAUAAAAGUUUUUACCGAAAAUUUUGAAAAACAGACGCACGACUAUUUUGAGAAAAAUAUUUAGUAAAAAUUAUGGAAGUUUCCGGAAAAAUCCCGUAACGAUUUCGUAAAAUUUGUGAUAAUCGUAUUUCGCUUUCAAAUUAUGAGAAAGAUAUGUAAUUUUUAUUGAAUAUUUCUCGUCGUGUAUGAAAAUUUUUGAGCCAUUGAAGUUUCUGAUCCAUGAUUUUCCAGAAACUUUAAAAAAAUAUGAAAAAUGGGAGGAUAUCGGCAAUAACUCCUUAAGAAGAAUCGACGAUUAUCUCGGAAAAUAUGCAAGUUAGUUGUCUAUGUCAGGAGAUAUUCCAUGGAGCAAAAAUUCUGGAGAGAUUUGAUUUUAUAAGAUUUUUCGGUAACAUCCUUCAUUCUUUAUUGAGAGAAUUGAGAAUAUAUCGAUAGACCGAUUGUAUCAGGCCGAAGGUGGAGUCUUCUGAGGAUUUUCCAAAUAUUUCCGCAAUGAGUCAGUUUAGGAAGAACAUUUUGCAAGAUUUUUUUUGCCAGAAAUUGAAUUCUCUACAAAAAAGUCUUGUGAUGUUUUCUCCCCGAACCAACUGUUAUCGAGAUUAUCGAUAGUUGAGAAAUGAAAUUUUAUAUCGUGACGAAAUAUGCGAUGAUUUUGUUUAAUCAUUGAAGUUGUGAUGGAGGACAUAAUUUUAGGGAGGAAAUUUUUCGACGAACAUUUGUAGAGAGUUUAGAGCUUUCUGUUUUUCUCGGGAAUUUUCAUCUCUGAUUUGCAGACAUUUGAGAGAUUAAUCCAGUUACAGAACACGUUUUAAUCAAUGAAUCAUUGAUGGCUGUUCUGAAAUUACCAGUGAUGCUUCCGGUUAUAGUUCGUAUCUUUGAAUUUUGAGGGAAAAAAUACUUGUAAUUAUGUACAAAUAGAGUGGGAAAUCGUAGUGUAUUAAACGAGAAUUGGAGCUAUUAGAACAAUUUUCUUACUUUCUGGAUGAAAUUCAGAGCUAACACUGUUUUAUGAUAAUCCAAAUGAUAUUCUGAAUAAAUAAAUAAUUAGGUCUCGAUUCUACGAGGUUGAGAUUAUUUUUAUCAGAAAAAGGACGAUGAACAAUGAAAAUUGGAACAAGUCAGCAUAUAACAGAAGAAAGUAAUGAUUUUGCAAUGCAAAACCGUCUUUAGCUUCCGACUUGAUUAUUGCAUAUCAAUACAAGACGUAAAUUAAUUUUGAGAUGACCAUUAUAUUAUAAUUUAUUAUUCAUUAGUUACUAAUGAUUAUUAGAUCUGAAUUUGUUAUAAAGAUUUAAGAAAUACACAAAUGUACAGAAGAA